GUUACGGCCACGCUCAUCGCCACUCCAACCCCUCCCACGAAAUCCCACCCCCACCUCCCCUUCCCUAUCUCCUUUUCCUCGCUCUUAGGCGUUCUCGUCACUCGCCCUCUCGUUCACCGCACGAUGUGGCGAUUCUCCUCGCGUCGCUUCCUCCGCCUCCGGACCCUCCUCCUAGACGAGGCGGUGAAAGUCACCGGCUGCCGGUCUGCGGAGCACCCGAUCCGCCGUCCCUGGCUCCACCUCUCCGCCUUCUCCUCGUCCGUCUAUCCCACCGCCUCCCCGUCCUCGCCUUCUUACCCCGCCACCGCCGCCGGGGCGGCGGACCGCGGCAGCUUCGGCAGAGGCGACCCCUUGGAUGGUGUAACCUUCACGGAGGCGAAGCGGCUGAUGCGGCUGGUGAACGUGGAGGCACUCAAGCGGAAGCUGGAGAGGGAUGGGGAGGAGGUCAUUGGGUAUUCGGAGCUCCUUGAGGCGUGCGAGGAGAUGGGGUUGGUGCGGACGCGGGACGAGGCGAUGAGCUUCGCCCGGGUCCUGGACGAGGCCGGCGUCGUCCUCCUCUUCAGGGACAAGGUCUAUCUCCACCCGGAUAAGGUUGUUGAUCUCGUUAGCAGAGCUGUUCCCCUUGCGCUGGCACCUCAGAAUGAUCCAAGGAUUGAAGAGCUAAAGCAGCUGCAGAGAAAAAAGGAAGAAAUUGAUAUGCUUGCUCACAAGCAGGUCCGUCGCAUUCUUUGGUCAGGAUUAGGGUUCUUCAUUGUUCAGGUUGGUCUUUUCUUUCGUCUAACAUUCUGGGAGUUCUCAUGGGAUGUCAUGGAGCCGAUUGCAUUUUUCACCACAACAGCCGGCAUAAUCAUUGGAUAUGCCUACUUCCUUUUUACAUCAAGGGAUCCGACAUAUCAAGAUCUGAUGAAGAGGCUCUUCUUAUCCAGACAAAGAAAAUUGUCACAGAGGCAGAACUUUGACAUGACAAGAUAUAUGGAAUUGCAGAAACACUGCAAAUGUCCUUUGGAUAAAAUAGUAGGGAUGGAACAUGUUCAUGAGUCUGAUGUCUCUCAUCUUCAACAUGUCUCAGCUUACAAGUGACAAAUCCGUUGUGUUAACACCCAGAUCUAUUAUCUAUUUCUGGGCAACGACAAAAAAAAUGCUGCUGGGACAAGCAAAUUGCUGUUUUUUGUAGAGAUGCUAACAGAUCCUUUUUUGGCUACUUUCUAAUAUCAAAUUCCUGUGUAAUGCCCUUCUCCACUGUGAUGUGAUUACAGAAGGCAACAUAUCAGUUUUGUAGCCAACAGAGAGAUUUUAUAUACAGAACCGUUGUAACCUGCCUGCUAUCAAUACAGUCCUAAAUUCCUCA